AUGAAAACAAUUGGGCAAACCCCGCUGAUUCUCCUUAUCCUUCGAGUUCAGUCCGGACCCACAUGUGUUGUCGGAUCUGAACUAGGACGGGUAAACUUGGGGAGGGAUGAACUCAGACCAGAACAGCCGUUUCUUCAAGUAGCUUGUCCAAAUAUUGAUACCGCUCAUCACCCCCCAAUUAGCCACCACGAUCGAAUCACGGCUGUAGACUGCUUGCCGAAUCUUGGUCAGACUCAAUCACAAGCUCAUCAAGACUGGCAGCCAUUCGGCAGGUAUGACCAGCUCCACGACUCACGAGAACAGUCGUCGGGUUUCGUUUCAGCUUCGUCAUCGCACGCCAAACCGAUGGUGGAAAUUGAUUUCUUUAGUCAGUAG